GUAACCAAUCAUACUAUACCACAAUAGCCAGAUUUCUUCAUUUCUAUAUUUCUCUCUCUAUAAUAGCGUGUCUCUGUCUGAAUUUUCCUCAUUUUGAUUUUCUUUAUACAGCCCGGUAAAUAUAAGAUCACCAUCUCCUUUUUAUUCAAAGUUUUUGUUGUUUCGUGGCAACUGGGAAUUCUAGGGUUUCGUGGUAAUGAGUUCGCCGGAGGAAAAUGAGAGUUUUGGUUCCGGUUUGUGUCGAAAGAACAUAGAAACGCUGUUAGCUGCGGUGGCGCAGACCCAGGGUUUUGACGAUGACGAGGCUGUCACCACCACUGUUGAAAGAGCUGGAGGAAAUGACAACGGCGGGGAAUCUACAUCGGCGGGGAUUUGGGGUAUGGAUGACCAGCAGGUAGUCGGAACUCCGCCCGAGAUCGAUUCGGAUGUCGUGGAACUGCAACCUUAUACUGUGGUUAUGUGUUUGCCAGCUGCGCGAGCACGGCAGCAAAUGAUGGCUAGUGGUGGGAAGCGGAAGAGAACGUCGAAGGAGAAGGAUCCGGUAGCAGCAGAAAAGCCUCCGCCUCGGAAGCGGGAAAAACAUGAGGUAGAGGAGGGUGUCUUACCAGCCAUCCGAGCAGGGCAGCAGAUGAUCUCAAGUGGUGAGAAGCGGAAGAGAGGACGUCGGCCGAAGGGGCCUGUUGAAGCAGCAGCAAAGCCUCCGCCUCCAAAGCGGGAAAAACAGGAGGAAGAGGAGGAUGUUUGCUUCAUUUGCUUCGAUGGGGGUUCUCUCGUGCUUUGUGAUCGCAGGGGCUGUCCAAAGGCGUAUCAUCCAGCAUGUAUUAAGCGAGAUGAGGAAUUUUUUAGUUCAACUACUGUGUGGAAUUGUGGUUGGCACAUAUGUACUAUAUGUUUGAAGUCUUCGCAUUAUAUGUGCUACACUUGCACCUAUUCAUUGUGCAAGCGCUGCACAAAAGAUGCUGACUAUGUGUGCGUUAGAGGAAACAAAGGAUUUUGCGCUACAUGCAUGAAGACUAUCAUGCUGAUUGAAAAAAAAGACCCAGCGAACAAUGAAACGGUUCAAGUAGAUUUUGAUGAUAAAACUAGCUGGGAGUAUUUGUUCAAAGUGUAUUGGGUUUUCUUAAAGCAGAAGCUAUCGUUGACCAUGAGUGAGCUUACUGAAGCUGGGAAACCAUUGGAAGAUGUGGCUAUGGUGCCUCGUAAGCGGAGAUUAAAUAAUGUAUAUCGUAAUGGACAUGGUAGAAAAGUUACUAAUUCAUACAGGUCUUCCGAACAUUUUGAGCUUAAUAAGUCUGAAGAACUGCAUGGUUUAGUCUAUAAGGACCCAUUAAGGACCGAAAUUUCAAGCAAUGAUAAAGACGUAAGGACGAGUAAUAAAAAAGAGCCUGAUGAGACGAGCCAAAAUUUAUAUACAAAGAAGCAGAUCAUUGAUGAAGGCCCAGACCAGUCAUGCAUUGACAGAGGCACAGAAAAGCCAAAUAUUGAAAAAGGAGUGAACAAACCAAGCAAUGACAGAGACGCUAAAUGGGGGUCUAAAGACGUCAUGCAAGAGAGAGCACCCCGGAAAAAAAUAGAUGAGUAUGCUGCAAUUGAUUUUCAGAACAUUAGCUUGAUUUAUUUGCGACGUAAUUUGAUGGAGGCUCUUAUCAAAGAUGAGAAGUUCCAUGAAAUGGUUGUUGGCUCAUUUGUGCGAAUCAGAGUAUCAAGUAAUGAUCAUCAGGAAGAUUUUUACAGGCUUGUCCAAGUUGUAGGUACAGUUAAGACAGCCGAACCACAUAAAGCUGGUUGUAAGACAACAGAUAUCAGGCUUGAAGUUCUAAACUUAGACAAGAAAGAAGCUCUAUCAAUUGACGCUAUUUCAGAUCAAGUCUUCUCUGAGGAUGAAUGCAGGCAAUUACGUCGAAGCAUAAAGCAUGGGCUUAGAAAACCACUGACUGUUGGUGAUGUACACAAGAAAGCUAUGGCACUCCAAGCAGUCAGGAUGAAUGAACCACUUGAAGCAGAGAUAUCACAGCUAAAUCGACUACUUGGACAAGCUAGUGAGGAGGGACAAAAGAAGGAAUGCCGUGAACGUAUACAAGAAAUACAGCUUCUGAAGUUGGAACACCAGCGGAAACUUUGUGAAGUUACAGAAAUCCAUGCUGAUCCAAAAAUGAACCCAAAUUAUGAAUCUGAAGAAGACACGAAACUUGGCAAUAACAGUAAGCCAGGUAUAGAAGAUGGGUCGAUCCAGCUGCAGAAUAGAAUUGAUGAAAAAAUAGAUUCGAAUGGAUCACGUAGUUUGGAGAAAUAUGCAAGUCAAGAUAAUAUUUCUAGCUUGGCAACUGAUGGGUGUGAUCAAGCCAUGAUGGAAUCUGGAUUAGAAACUUCAAUCACUACUGGCUCCAUUGGAAACUUGUCUUCUGCUAAUACUAUUGAAACUGGAAAUUUGUGGCACUAUCGGGAUCCGAAUGGUAAAAUUCAAGGGCCAUUUUCCAUGAUGCACUUUCGGAAGUGGAGCAUGACUGGACUAUUUCCACCUGAUAUGAGGAUAUGGACAAAUCACGAGGAAUAUGAUUCUGUGCUUCUGAUUAGUGCUUUAAACGGGCGAUUCCAUGAAGCACCAAAGUUGCCAGAUAACAUUUCUUCAGAGUCCCAGAAAUUUGAAGCUAUUUCUGAUAAUAGAUUUGUUAGUUGUGAUGCUAGACUUGAAAGGGCAGAUGAGUCGGGUUCCUCGCCACAUUUGAGUUUCAACCACUGUACACAACAUGGAGAGGAAAAUUCAAGUGGGAGAACUGAAAUUCAGAUGGCUGGUGGAAAUGAUUGUGAAAAUAAACAGAGUCAAGUUGGUCAGUCUUCUCAAGAAAAUUUGGGUUCUGUCUUAAGUUCGAAGAAUAUUGAAUCGAGUUCUGAUUUUGUACCUGUCACCAGGUCACCUAAUUUAUCUAAACAUGAUGGUGACAUAGAUCUCUCACGUCUGCCUACUACACCCGAGACAUGCAUCAAGGACUGGGAAGUUCAGACAGCUGAAAAGCAGCAGUCUGUGUGUUCAGAUAUUCCUAUGCAAAGUUCUGGUAUCUUCAAAUUUCCGAGUGCUGGUCCUGACGAAUGGUGUGGAUAUUCCCCUACCCAUGCAAAAGCUUCAGUGGAGGAAUGGGAUUCUUGUCUUGUCGCCGGAUCUUCACUAAAACCUCCUAAAUCUCUUAAUGAUGCUUAUACUUCGCUGGCUAACAUGCUGACUCUUUCUUCUUCCUCGCAUCCUACUUCAGAUAUAACUAGUUGGCAAGCGUCAAGCAAUGAAAAGAUUGAGAUUGAUGCUCUCGGUGAGGAUUUAGUAUCAGAUUUGUUGACUGAAGUUAUGGAAUCACAAGGUGGUUUGCCUUCCCCUACUUCAGCCAUUAAGUUUGAGAAAGAAUUAAUUCAAGAUUGUAAUGAUGGUUGUUUUAGCUCGAUUGAGGAGUUCAGCCGUACACGUGAUCCUGGAAAAAGUGAAGCUUUGAGCUCCAGUGGGGAGAUGCAGUUUACUUGUCAGUCUCAGGCGAAUGCUCUUGAUCCAUUAAGGAGCUCAUGCGUACAGUCAUCAGCAAGUAGUGAAGGAGAAACAAAUGGUCCAUCUUUCCGAGUGGAUGCUGGAUCCGAUUUCCAUCCUCCUGCACCAAACACAAGUCAAGACAUGGUUGGCACGACAUUGGCUCUUGGCACAGGAUCUGAAACUGUGGACCCUGGUUGGGGAAACGUUCAGGGUAACAUUAAUCUGGUGACUGUGCAGGGUAAUGUCAAUCUAGUAUUGGGAGGACAUGCUCAAGGAAUACCGAACCUGGGAUUCACAAACCCAGGGACAUCAUGGGGAAAUCCAAACAUGAACCAUAGUGCUCCGAAUGGGAGUCUUCCAUGGGAUAACCAACGGAAAAAUGGUGGGCAAAGUUUUGCUAGCCCUAGAGAUUGGGGUUACCAAAGCGGGGACCAAGGCUUUGGGAGGGGCAGGCCUCCAUGGGGCAGACAUCCUUAUGGAGGUGGUGCUGCUGCUGCUGGUGGAUAUUCUAGGCCUCUUCCGAAAGGGCAGCGUGUGUGUAAAUUCUAUGAAAGUGGGCAUUGCAAAAAAGGUGCAUUCUGCGACUAUCUACACCCAUGACGUCUAGUUAAAUGACAAUUUCCUGCUGACGAUGGGUUAGUAAAAUUAAUUCUUGAGAGCUCGCUCUCGAGUUUUUGGCUUAAGUUAUUGGCUAUGUAGUACACAAUCCAAAUGAUUUGACUUGUGUAGUCCUUUUGAGGUCCAAAGAUAGAUGUUGCUUGAUUUGUGUAUCAUCAUAUUGUUUUGCCUUUUUUGUAAAGUCAGUCUAGUGAUGUAAGUCGAUUCAAAAGCUUUUGCAGUAUUCUAGAUUGAAA